CGCCGCCAGUGAGGACCUGGCUUCUACGAGUAGAGCAGUUAUGGCGAUGCCUACAGUCGACGUCAAGACCGACGAAGAAAUGUACGGCUCCACGAUCAACGUGUCGUCUAAGGGCAUGACGCACCGUAACGGCUCGCGCUCCAACUCUCCCACGAGCAGCGGCGACGAGCAGUCGGACACCAUGAAGCUCGCCCCCAAGAACUCGUCGCCUACAGGCACCACCGUCUUCCCCAAGGAGGCGCCACCUCAUGAGACGGUGUGGGAGCGCUACAACAAGGCCACGUGCACCAAAAUGUACGACGUGGAGGAGCUCAUCGACUACUACUGGCACCGACGGUUGGCGGCCGUGCCCGCUGUGAUCGUGAGCUACCUGCCAUUCGUGAUCACCCCCAACCAGAUCACGAUCUUCGGUCUGUUCCUCGGCUGGGUCUCCGCCUUGUGUCUGUACGACUCCGAGUUCCACUAUCCGCUAGCGUGGGAGCCCUCGAACUCGCUGCUGGCGGCUGCGCUCUUCAUGUUCACGUGGAUCGUCUCAGACUGCACGGACGGACAGGUUGCGCGCCUGUGCAAGCGCGGCACCCGCACGGGACGCAUCCUGGACGGCGUGGUGGAUGGUCUCGUCAUCGCUCCCAACUUUUGGAUCAUGGGCGAAGUCAUGCAGCACCACUAUGGAGGCAACGUCAUGUACUUCCACCUCGGCUUCUGGGCUGGCAUGUCCCUCUGGCUGCACGCCAUCAUCUACGACAAGAUCAAGAACGUCUACAUGGAGAACGCUCUCCCACAGUCCGAAUGUGACGGUGAAACGGUCGCCAGUGUGCGUGCCGAGUACCGUGCAGCUCGGAAACAGUCGGCGUGCGCUCUGGACACGAUUCUACUUGGCAUCUACUCGGUGUACUUGACUGUACAGGCCAGUUUCACGUCCGAUGCCGCUUCUCAAGCGGAAUUGGACCGUCAGUCUCUGCUCGCGUCGUGUACUAGCGAGUACCAUAAUGCUUACCGCCAGAAAUUCGGCGGAUUCGUGCGUGUGGCGUCAUUCCUCGGCAUCAGCGCACAUGUUACUGCAAUCUACCUGGCAUACUUCCUGGCCAUCUUCCACUGGGACGUUAUCUACUACAUGCAGUUCUACCCGCUCGUCCUACUCAACAUCGUCCUGGUCGGUGUGCUCAUCCAGUACCAGCGUUCCGGUAUGGCUACAUUCACACCCAAGGACGGUGCAUUCUAAAAGUCUUAGGAGUGCGAACUGGCUAGACGCGUGCUUGGCUAUAAGCGAGAGGAUCCACUACAGUACUCGUCACAAGCCAGCGUAGUAGCAAUGUAGAUAUCGAUCCUAGCAAACCUGCAAGCCCCCACGAAUGUAUGCUUACUCUUUAUCAUUGAGA